UCUCAUAAACGUCUUUCAGAGUUCAGGUCUCGGCCCUCUGGAAGGUCCAAUAGGCAAAAUAUUCCUUGUCUCGGUGCUCUGUUGCAUUUUCCAGUGGAAUAUGGUUGUUGACCAAUGUGGUCGGGAGAGAAGCAAUUGCUCAGGUGGCUGUAGUGUUAAUUUUAUGGAGGGCUAUGAAAACCAAGCAACUUUAAAUGCGUUUUCUGCAGUUGGGAAUAUGUAUCACUGGGUGAUCAGCUUCUGUAUGUUCUGUAUGUUGGAAUUAGAUGUUGUGUCUUUUUUACCAGCUGGAACUUUUUCAUGGUGUUGGGUCUAAUUCUCACAAAUGUAUUGUUUAAAAAAAAAAUAAAUCAAAUUUGAUCGUGAUAGUGCACCUUCCAGUGGUGGCCUGAAAGGCAUUCAGUAAGGUAAAGUACAAUCUCCCAGCCACUGAGCUUUUACUCGGUUACAUUGUUUUAAUUAGCUGAGAGAAAAAUCAAACAACAUUUCCCUUAAUUUUUGCUUUAUUUUUAAACAGGCGAGCAUGUAGGAGGCGGGUUUGUACAGGAUUUAGUUAAAAUAGCUAAUGUUCUACAAUAUAACAGUAAGAAUUUGAUGCUUUGCUGUUACAGAUUCCAUGGGAACAAAGGUUCAUAGCUGCAGAGAGAAGAGAAACUUAAAAAUUAAUUUAAUCUUGCAGGCAAAGUUUGGGCUGUAUAUUUUAGGUCCUAAUCUUAAAACUUGCAUGAAGCAAAAAUGUCCCUUUACACGGUCCCUACGAGAAGUUGUGCUGAUGCAUUUUGUACUGCUUUACAAAAGAAUGCUUCACAAAGUACUUUCUCUAGAAGCAACAGGUUUGGACAUGUGUCAGAAAAUGAAAAAGAUAACACAUUUUCACUAUCUCUGAAUAAGACCAAAGAAAUAAAUAGGACCUACGUGAUUUCUGCCUGUAAAAAAGCAAGUGUUGCCACAGUUGCACCUAAACCUGAAGGUAGGUUCGCACUCCAGAGACGAAAUGGGGCAAGCAAAGAAACCAUUUCUACUGAUGAUCAGUUCAACGAGAAUACAAUGCAGGAUUCUGGUGGUGCACAGAUGGAGAAAAGACUCACCCUGCAGCGACGUGUGAGGACUGGAUCAAUAGAGAAAUGUAAAACCAAUAAAGAAAGUGUGCCCAGGGUAGAAACUUCUGAUUCUGCAGUUGCAAAUAGCCAAAAUGUGUUUCCCUUAAGCAUUUGUACUGACGACUCCCACCAUAUUAAACCAGGUUUUCGGUUAGUUGAAGGUCAGUCAAAUGUAAAGAUGCACAUGGAUCUGAAAAAUAAAGAUGGCCUUGCUAAUAUUAAUGGUUCAAGUAGAAACGGUAAUUGUACAUAUUUGAAAUAUAAGGCCCAUAUUGCUGAUGCUCAAACUCAAUAUGAAGUCCCUAAAUCAGCACAGUUAAUAGCAACAAAGCCCAUUAACAGGACACCGGCUAUAAAGUUGAAUGAAAAAGAUUUUAAUAAACUAUCUGGGAAGGAAAAGGUACAAAAUUCACUUGCAAAACAUGGCUAUUUAGGAAGACAAGGAAUUCCUUGGAAAGGCACCACAGAAGGAAUGAAUGUAAUAUCCAAGUGUGGGAUACCUCAGAAUGCCAAAAGUCCAGCCAUAUCUACUUUGAAGAACAGGACACCUUGCCAUCAAGUUAUAGAGAAAAAGCAAAUGAGGGCAUCUAAUUCUCUUUCCAUAAGUAGAAGUGGAGGAGCUGAAGUGAAUAACACACACGUGCCAGCUGUUGCACUUAAAGAAGAAACCCCAACUCAGAUCCCUUGCACUGAGGAAGAUGCUUUCAAAGUAGAAAACAGCAAAGUGACGGUAGCUGUGCGAGUACGACCCUUCAGUAACAGAGAAAAAAAUGAAAAAUCAUUCCAAGUGGUUUCCAUGAAUGGCCCAGAGACAGCUGUGCAGCAUCCAGACACCAAACAAACUUACAGCUUUAUUUAUGACUUUUCAUUCUGGUCCUUUGACAAAUGUCAUCCACAUUUUGCAAGUCAGGAGAUAAUAUACAAGACUUUGGCAGUACCCUUGCUAGAAAGAGCCUUUGAAGGAUACAACACCUGUCUUUUUGCCUACGGACAGACUGGUUCUGGAAAAUCAUAUACGAUGAUGGGAUUUGGUGAAGAACCAGGAAUCAUUCCAAGAUUUUGUGAAGAUCUUUUCCUUCAAAUUGGACAAACAGAUACAGAAAAGAUUUCAUACCAUCUUGAAAUGAGUUAUUUUGAGGUCUACAAUGAGAAAAUUCAUGAUUUGCUUGUCUUUAAAGCUGAAAAUGGACAGAAAAAACAACCGCUUCGUGUGCGAGAACAUCCAGUGUUUGGACCAUAUGUGGAAGAUUUGACAGCGAAUGUUGUCAGUUCUUAUUCUGAUGUCCAGAGUUGGCUCGAGCUAGGAAAUAAACAGAGAGCAACAGCUGCCACUGGGAUGAAUGACAAGAGCUCUAGAUCUCACUCUGUGUUCACCCUUGUGAUGACACAAACAAAGACAGAAUUUGUGGAAGAGGAACAACAUGAUCAUAGGAUUACUAGUCGCAUAAAUCUAAUAGAUCUAGCCGGUAGCGAACGCUGCUCAGCAACUCAGAGUGAUGGGGAGAGGCUGAAGGAGGGUGUGAGUAUUAAUAAGUCAUUAUUAACUCUUGGGAAGGUCAUUUCUGCACUCUCUGAGCAGACUCAAAAAGGGAAGAGAAUUUUCAUUCCUUACCGGGAAUCUGUCCUUACAUGGUUGUUAAAGGAAAGUUUAGGUGGAAAUUCAAAAACUACUAUGAUUUCCACAAUAAGCCCAGCUGCCAGUUAUGUAGAGGAAACGCUUAGCACUCUUCGAUAUGCUAAGCAAGCCUGUUUGAUAAUCAACAUUGCCAAAGUAAAUGAAGACGUGAAUGCUAAAUUAAUCCGAGAACUGAAAGCAGAAAUUGAAAAACUGAGAGCAGCUCAGAAAAAUGCUCAGAAGACUGACCCUGAAAAAUACAGACGUUAUCUGCAGGAAAUAACAUCUUUAAGGGGAAAACUACACCAGCAAGACAAGGAUAUGGCAGAGAUGCAGAGGGACUGGAAAGAAAAACUUGAACAAGCAGAAAAAAGAAAAUUUGAAGAAACAAAAGAAUUACAGAAAGCAGGAAUUACAUUCAAGAUGGACAAUCGUUUGCCAAACCUUGUCAAUCUCAAUGAGGAUCCCCAGCUCUCUGAGUUGCUCUUAUACAUGAUAAAAGGAGGAGAAACUACAGUUGGAAAGUACAAACCAAAUUCAGCUCAUGAUAUUCAGCUUUCUGGAGUGCUGAUUGCUGAUGAUCACUGCAUUAUCAAAAAUGUUCACAGUAACGUGAGUAUUACCCCCCUGGGAGAAGCAAAGACAUAUGUUAAUGGGAAACAAAUUUUGGACCGAACAAUUCUGCACCAUGGUGAUCGUGUAAUCCUUGGUGGAGACCAUUAUUUUAGGUUUAAUCAUCCUGUAGAAGUUCAGAAAGUAAAAAGGCUAUCUUGUGGAACGACUCUUUCAAGUGAUGGUCCAAAAGAUUUUGAAUUUGCAAAAAAUGAACUUCUGGUUGCACAAAGGUCACAGCUUGAAUCAGAAAUUGAGGAGGCACGACUGAAAGCUAAGGAAGAAAUGAUUCAAGGUAUCCAAAUUGCAAAAGAAAUGGCUCAGCAAGAACUCCUAUCUCAAAAAAAAGUUUAUGAAAGCAAGAUAAAAUCACUGGAAGCAGAACUGAGAGAUGAAUCUCAUAGGAAACAAAUACAAGAAAUGAAUAACCAGAAGGCUGCAAGCAAAAUACAGGAGCUGGAAAAAGCAAAACAUCAUCUUGAGUUAGAAGUGUGUUUCAACAAGAAGCGCCUGGAAAUGGAAACAUUAGCCACGAAACAGGCUCUAGAAGAUCAUACUAUUCACCAUGCCAAGAUUCUUGAAGCUUUGGAGGCUGAAAAGCAGAAACUUUCCAAAGAAAUACAAACUCUCCAGCAUAAUCAUGGAAAUGGGGAUAAAAGUAAAACAAUUCAGCCAAACUGGAAUUCCUUGAAACUCUCUGUGAUGAUCCAGGAAGCUAAUACAAUUGGUAGCAAAUUAGGAACACACACAGUUUUUUGCAGACAUGAUGGAACAGACAAAGAAAGUGCCACUGGGCCUUCUGUUCAAGUGCAGGUUCGUAACCUGAAGCUGGGAAUUGCAACUUUCUGGAGCUUGGAGAAGUUUGAGUAUAAACUAGCAGCAAUGAAAGAACUCUAUGAGAGUAAUGGUAGUAGCAAGGCUGAUGAUAUAUUUUAUGAUCCUGCUGAUGAAUGGGAACCAGACCUCACAGCUACAUCAGUUUCCUCCUUUUCUAGAGGAAGGAGCAGAAGUUUCAUGAAGAAUCGAAGAAUUUCUGAUUGUCUGUCUGGCAUAAAAAUGCAUCCAAUCCAGAACCUACACAUUUCACAGUUAUCAGGUUCAUUGAAUAAAAGCAGAAGUAUGUGUUCAAAUCCUUCUGAAUUAUUUCUACCUGGAAUUUGCAAAGAAUUAAUUGGCUUGGCUUUGGAUAUACUAAGACAAAAUCAAGAAGAAGAAAGGAGUAUAGCAGAUAGUCUCCUAACUAAUUUGUUUACAAUUCAUACUGAAGUAACUUCCAUUUCAAAAGCCUAUAAACAGCAAGAUGAAGAAAGUCAAGAGAAUUUGUUUUCUCUUGAUCGUGGUACUCAGACCUGCAGCAUCAGAAUUACCUCUGCUUUUGAACAGCUUGUUGUUCUAACAAAGCAUUGGCUUAAUAAUUUCCAAAAGUGCACUGAUUCAGUAACAAUUGAAGAAUUGAGACAGGAAAUAAAAAACUUGGGAGGUUAUUUACAAUUACUACUGCAGGGUUGUUGUUCAGAUAUACCUUCAAUGGUAAGCGAAGCUCAGAACAAAAUAAUACAAACAGUGAAACAAGUAGCAAAACAUGUGGGACACUUGGUAGCACUCGCAGGAUCUGAUUUAUACUUUUCUGAAGAGAACAAAGAUGACACAACCAGCAUACAGAGAGAUUUUAUACUUGCCAUUUAUGGUGGUGUAGUCUCAGGAUUGGAGUUUGUUUUGGCUUCUGUACAGAACAAAACAAGGGAAAUGCAGAAAGAACUUUUGAAGCAGUAUCCAAAAAAUGAGAUUCAAAAUCAAGUAAAGAAUAAUGCUCUUGCUUUGGCCAUAUCCCUUGAAAUAACCCUAUCAGACUGCAAAAAGAAAAUAAUGGGAUUUCGAUUAGUAGAAGAAGAGUCUGCCUUCCAGGAAAUAAUAAAAGCAACUAAUCUUGCUGCAAAAUAUUUGGAAUUGGAGCAGUGCAUGGAUAAAGUCUGUCAAAUUGUUGUUUCUUCAUUACAAGGAUCAUAUAGGAAUACAGACCAGCUCAGAAGCUAUACAGAAAAAAUUUGCACCUUAGCUGGGUAUUUUAAUAAUUACUGUAGUUUGUUUACCUUAUCUUCUUCUACAAACAAUCCUAUCCAUGAAAUACCAAGGUCUUGUAUGGUUGCUAAUGAAUUGGACUCUCUAGCUAAAGCACUCAUUAUCACUUUUGAACUUGGAGAAGGACAAAAUUCACUGAAACCUCAGACUGCUUCUUUGCAAAUGACUGAGUCUCAAGAAAAGCAGCCCGACAGAGGUGAAACUGAAGAUACUUCAAAACAGAAGGUAGUUCCAAAGCCUGAAUAUAAACUUCAAUCUUCAUCUACCAGUUCAGCGGAGCUCUCACUCAGUGGGAUACAAUGGGUAUAAACUGCUGCCUUAAGGCAUAUUGGAUUCCCAAGUGUUGUUAUAAGUAAAUAUUUCUUUGUUUCUUUCAUGAAGGGAUACAAGGAGAGCAUACGGGUCUUUUGAGAAGGGGAAAAUUAUGUGUCAUAGCAAGGUUAAAUGUCUUGCAAAUUUUAUCUUGCAAUUGUUCAGGGUUCUGAAAGUGGAUGACAUAGUUGACAUGGUACCCUGAAUUCCAGAAGAGCAAAUAUAACCCCAGAAGACAUUUAGACUUGUCAUAAGGAAACCUACUAAAGUUUGUAUGUCUUUUGAUGAAACCUACCUAAAACUAUAGUAAAAUUAUAGAGUAACAUAUCAAAAGUAGUACAGGCAAUUGAUUAAAUCUUAGUCUGAGGAAGGUAUACAACUAAGUUCAAAAAAUGCUUAGUGAGGCCAGCAAAUUUAGUAUUAAGAAAUGACACACUUUUCACUCCUUUCUUUUCAUUCUUUUUUUCCUCUCUCCCUUAAGUCAUGGUGACCUGUGAAGGUUUUCCUGGCAUCAUUAUUUUUGUCAACCUUAAUAUUUUUUAAAGAGGUUUUUAUAUUUAUAUUCUCAGGGAAAAAGUUAUGAAAGACUAUAAAAAUAUUGGCUAUAUACAUUUAGGGGGAUUGUUUUUAGAUGUUUAUAAACCCUUAAGGAAUUUGGGUUAGUAAAGUGGUGAUACGAGGUAACUUGAAUGCAGCUCAAUUGUAACCAUUCAUUCGGUUUAUAGUGAGAACAUCCCACACUUUUCUUGAUGGGUUAAAUCAUUUUUAGUGCUACACAUGGUGGCUUAGGAGCAAAACUCUUAAAUAUAGAAAUAAGCCCACAUGUGUAGUCUUAGAGAUUUGCACAAAUAUACAGUCUCUAUAGUUAAAAUUAAUAUGUUCAGACUGAAGACUUAGGGCUAGGUAGAGCCUAACACUUUGUAGUCACAUUGAUAAGAGGAGAGGUUAAAAGGCACUGUGUCUAAAUCUUCAUGCUGCUGCAGGGCAGAAUCUCAGCUCUUGUGCUCGGGGAAUGUAAGGGCCCUGAAUAAAAUCCUUGACUACUGGUUAAUAGCAAGAUUCCUGCUGAAUAAAUGCUGCCCUUUGUCUAACACUUGUUCUGGAUUUAAAGUGGGUUCUCUUCUCUCUCUACCAACCACUGGACUAGUCUGCCACACAAGUGGUGCUGGAUCUGCCUUGGGUUCAGCUUUGGAAGCUUUGGUCAACCGCAGUCUGGGAGCAGUUGUGCUAAUAUUCAAGUAUUUACAGGAAUGCCAUGGUGGGUGACUUAACAUGUUUACUGUAGUGCUUAUUUCUAUAUUCCUUUGCGGAUUUAACUUGGCUGUGAUCUGUUGCUAAGAUAAAAUGCAGAGAUUUCAUCUUCUGCCACUUUUACAGGCUAUUAUAUAUUUUAUUUGUUACUUUUAAAAUAGCUGCACUACUAGAUGUAAAAUGACAUUCAAUUUAGGCCACAAGUAUCAGAUUGCAAAGAAGCUUCCCUCUCUCUCUCCUUCCCCACUUUUGAGCUGGAUGUAGUUAAGAAGCUAUAGUACUUCUUUGUACAGUUAAUAAAAACGGUUGUGAAAAUUGAGAAGAAUAAUGCAUGGUAGAAACAUUUGGUUUUGAACAUUGGGCACCAAGAGAUUAUAUUACAACAAAUUCUUAUCUGAGCUCCUCAUCUGCUCAGUGACAUAGUACCAUAUGGAAAAGAGGGACAUUUUUAGUCUAGAAUCAAAACUAGCAUCAUCCUUUCCUGCUACUACUUACUCUUUGAAAUAUAAAACUUAAUUUGCAAUAUAUUAUCACUUUUGAUUUAAAAGUAGUCACCAGAUCACUUUAAUCGCUGUUCUUCUUUUCUCAGCCUUUCAUUUGAUUUUAUUAAUGAAAGUUUUAUUUUGUUAAAGUGCAAUAGACCACAAACAAUACCAUAUAACUUGAAAAACAGUGGAUGAAACUCUGGCCUCACUGAGGUCAUUUGUACAACUCCUAUUCAGUCAAGUCAGGAAUUCACCAAACAGCAAAAUGUGCACCAGAGAUGGUCUUAGUUGAAGUCACCUGGGCUGAACACAGGGAGGCAUUAAUAGAAGGUAAAACAUUUUUUCUCUUUGAAUUGGAUAGGUAUGUUAAGGGUCAUUUCAGUUGAGAGAUUUAUGUUUUUGGGCACCUGUACUGUUAAGUAAGCAAGGGAAUACAUAAGAUCAGCCAGACUUUUUCCCAGUAAGAGGAAAAAAUACAUUUGCAGCCAAUCCUGAAAGUCAUCUUUCAUUCAGUAAAAGAUCUGCAGCAAGUAGAACACUUCAUGACUCAUAGAAUUGGUUAUAAACUAUACUGAAUAGAAAAAUCACCUGCCUUGUCAGCUGGAAAUUUUGUUUUUCUUCCUUAUAUACUCUGUAUCUUAAUUUAGAGACAUCUAAUUCAGUGGUUUUGGUAAGCACUGCGUAAACUAUAUUUCUGUGCCUUUUGCUAUUGGGGGAAGCUUUCUUUCAGUAGUUAUCCUUAUUUAGUACUUUUCUUAAGUAAUAUAGCUUCAUUUAUUUUCCAGAAAUGUUUUUCAGUGCAAUUAUGUUUUGUCAAAGUGUACAUUUAUCAGAAAUGUUGACAAAAAUACUGCAACUAACAAUGUUACUCUGUCACACAAAAUAUGAUGUUGCCUCAGUUUAUCACUCCUGACUUCAUUAUAAAAGUAUUUGGAAGUUUAUUCAUAGGUUGACAAAAUAAUCUUGGUUGUUAAGAACUUUUGGGCAGAUUUUAAACACUUUGAAAAGUAAAGCCAAGCAUUAUAUAAUUAUUUAUACUGUUUAAAAUGUGCUAUUUUGUAUUUGCUUGAAUUCUGAAAAAAUGUAAGUUGCUGUUCAGAAUCAUGUAUUAUACAUGUAAAAUGUUGUAAAAAGUAGAUGCAAAUUAUGUAAUUGACAUCAAAUUUGUCAUAAUUUUAAGACAACCAUAUCUCUUAGUUUUCUUUUUAUGAUUGUUCUGAAACUUAUGCGUGAUAUACAAGCUGAAAGUAUUAGUGUGUUUAUAAAAAUCAGAAUUAUUUUAUCAUAAAAGUAAACAAAUACAUUUUUGGA